UGGUGGUGCUGUUGCUGUACCUGGAAGCGGCAAUUCGGAUAGAGUGGGGAUUCCCAUCGACUAGGUGCCAAGGCUGCCAGGGCCACAGGACGAGAUCCAACGGGGGUGUUUUGGGAGUAGAAUGAGCAGCGCCCUUUUCCUGCGACUUCCCAUUCUAGCGCGUGCAGGUGAAAGUUUGAGGCGCUGUGCUGCUCGCUCCGGAGUUCGAGCUUUUGCAAGCAUGCAGUCAGAUGCAAGGAAACCGCCUUCGCAGGCUCCACAGGAGCCUCCGACUAGCAAGUUCAAGCUCGCCGUUUGCCAGCUCUCGAUCUGUGCAGACAAGGAACAGAACAUCAGGCAUGCUCGUGAAGCUAUCCAGACGGCUGCUGAUGGCGGCAGUAAACUGGUCCUUCUUCCAGAAAUGUGGAAUUGCCCAUACUCAAACGCGAGCUUUCCAAUCUACGCGGAGGAUAUUGACGCAGGUGAUUCUCCCUCUUCCAAAAUGCUUUCGGAUAUGGCAAAGAGUAAGGAGGUUACCAUCAUCGGUGGCUCCAUACCGGAACGAAGUGGCAAUCAUCUCUACAAUACUUGCUGCAUCUACGGAAAAGAUGGCUCUCUAAAAGGAAAACAUCGGAAGGUUCACCUUUUUGACAUCGAUAUACCAGGAAAGAUACAGUUCAAAGAAUCGGACACACUGACGCCUGGAGAUAAGUAUACUGUUGUUGAUACGGAUGUUGGACGAAUCGGUGUUGGUAUUUGCUAUGACAUUCGCUUUCCGGAGAUGGCAAUGACUUACGCAGCACGAGGCGUACAUAUGAUCUGCUAUCCGGGAGCUUUCAACAUGACUACGGGACCAGCGCAUUGGGAACUCCUCCAGAAAGCCAGAGCCGUAGACAAUCAGCUGUUUGUGGCCACUUGCUCACCAGCCAGAAAUCCAAGCGCGGGAUAUGUUGCAUGGGGACACUCCAGUGUCAUUGGACCGUUCGGAGAAAUACUGGCGUCAACAGGACGUGAAGAGGCGAUUUUCUAUGCAGACAUCGACUAUGCUCAGAUCAAGGAACGCAGGAUGAACAUGCCUCUGGACCAUCAGCGAAGAGGUGACUUGUAUCAGCUCGUCGACUUGACCUUCACAACAUGAGCAGUUCCAGCAGUAGGAACAAGAAAAGUGUUCUGGGAAAUAGAUCGAGUAGUUGUUCUGAGAAUAUCCUCCCCUUGUCCGGGUGACGUGGGGUUAGUUUAA